AAGCCAGGACGGUGCGUGUCAAAACAGAAAUGCAUCAUCAGAAAAAUUGGGGCUGAUAAUGGGGAACCAGCAAAUCGAAGGAAAAAGUCAAUAAUAGCACUGGCGUAGCACAGCUACCAGCUGGAAGCGGAAAAACUUACCACGCUCUACGCUGUUCGGUGUACGUGUGCGGCGAAGAUCCAAAGAUUUACGAUUAGGUCCCGUUUCUCUUAUUCCCACUAAUCCUGAGCGAGUGAUAAUCGCCGAGGCGCAAAAGCAAGAUGAACGUAAUUCGUGCGAUACAGAUGUACAUUGAUAAAAUGAUUUCGGAUGCCGGACCUGGCAUGAAGCUGCUCAUGAUGGACCGGGAGACGAUAAGCAUCGUGUCGAUGGCAUUCGCUCAGUCGGAAAUGUUGCAGAAAGAAGUAUUUCUCUUCGAGCGGCUCGAUUCGGUACGUUCGAAUGAGAAGCUAAAGUAUCUCAAGUGCAUCGUAUUCGUGCGCCCCACCAAGGAUAACAUUUUCCUGCUGCAGCAGGAACUUCAGAGCCCAAAGUUUGGCUCCUACUACAUAUAUUUCAGCAACAUUAUCCCGCGGACGGACAUCAAAAUUCUGGCCGAAAGUGACGAAGGUGAAUCCGUGCAGGACUUUAAGGAAAUUUACGCCGACUAUCUGCCGGUCAAUCCGAACCUCUUUUCGCUGCACAUCCCAACCUGCCUGCAGGCGCUGAACUGGAAUCCGGAAGCGCUCGAACGUUCCACGCAAGGCCUGGUCAGUGUGCUGCUGUCGUUCAAGUUCCGUCCGGCGAUACGCUACCGUUCCGGCUCGACCGCAGCCCAAACGCUUGCCAAAAAGGUGCACGAAACGAUUAACAAGGAAACGGCACUGUUCAGCUUCCGGCCGCCGGAGGAUGGUGCCGCGCCACCGCUGCUGCUCAUACUGGACCGACGGGACGAUCCGAUAACGCCACUGCUCAACCAGUGGACGUACCAGGCGAUGGUUCACGAGCUGCUCACGAUCAACAAGCAGCGGGUCGACCUGUCGGGCGUGUCCGGUGUGCCGAAAGAUUUGAAAGAGGUGGUACUGUCGACGGAGCAGGACGAAUUUUACGCGAACAAUCUGUACGCCAACUUUGGCGAGAUUGCCACCACGAUCAAGGUGCUGAUGGAUGAGUUCCAGAGGAAGGCGAACGAUCAGCGGAAGAUCGAAAGCAUUGCCGAUAUGAAAAACUUCGUCGAAACGUACCCCCAGUUCCGGAAGAUGUCCGGCACCGUCACCAAGCAUCUGGUGCUAAUUAGCGAGCUGUCCGUGCAGGUGGGCCAGCAACAGCUGUUCGAGGUGUCCGAGCUGGAGCAGGAAAUCGCUUGCCGGGCCGACCAUUCCACCCAACUGCAGCGGGUAAAGCGGCUCGUGUCGGAGGGCAAGAUCAGUGCGGCCAACGCGCUGCGGCUGGUGUUGCUGUACGCGAUGCGGUACGAACGGCACGCCAACUGUGACACGUCUGGGCUGCUGAAGCUGCUGCAGGAUCGGGGCGGCCGGUCGUACAUCGCACCGCGGAUGCUCGAGUACAUCAGCACCGUGGCAAGGCAGGAGCUGUUCAACACGGUCAAAAUAACCGAUGCGGUGAAGCUGACGCGCAACCUCAUAAAGGAGCUGAAGGGCGUGGAAAAUGUGUACGCCCAGCACGAGUGCGUGCUGAAGGGAACGCUCGAGGAGGUGAUCAAGGGCCGACCGCUGGAUGCGCAGUAUCCGAUCAUGGGCAACGAGGUCCCGUUCCGGAGACCGCCGGCCGAGGUGAUAGUGUUCAUUGUCGGUGGUGCAACGUACGAGGAAGCACUGGCCGUGCAUCGAUACAACCAGGAAGGCUAUCGGAUCGUGCUCGGCGGCACCACGAUCCACAACUCGGAAUCGUUCCUCGAGGAGGUACUUGCGGCGACCGUCGGGGUGCCCUUUAAACAUUCGCGCUCGUUACAGCAGUUUCACCAGGCACCGGCCGGAACGGCUUAGACGGGCGGCGCUAUAGCCAUGAUGCUGCUACGAUUACUUCCGGUUUUAAUAGCAGGCGAAACGAGAUUUAAAACUUCAUAUUUAAACGAUCACCGUUGACACCAUUCCUCUUACAUACUACUCCCCGACCGCCUUUUGGUGUGCUGCGUCGUGUGCAAGAGGGAGAGAGAGUAUCGUGCUAGCUGCUUAUUUAUUCAAACGAAGCGAAGCCAUUAGAUAAAGAGACAAAUUGUACUGUGAAAAGUAUUUAAACCAAUAAAAUAAUACACACACACACACACAGCCCCUAGGUUCAGUGUAACGAA